AUGGAGCCCAAUACUAAGGUCCCCUUGACCGUGACUGGCCUAACGACUCACCGCGAAGAAGACGGAAAGAAGGCCGAUGCCAACCGGGCGUCACCCGACGAUGCCAGCGAUACCCUGACGGAACUGGCCAAGCAGAAUGUCGCCCCAUUCCUCGCAAAAUACCAUCCACGACAAUAUGCGCCCCUCCGAUCGGAAGAUGGAACAACCUCGGUGCCACGUACGGUCAAUGCAGGCUACUGCUACCGCCACCAGCCUGACUCCAAGUGCACACGUCAGGCGGAUGAGCAGUCGAUGCACCAGCUACAACGAGAACUGGAGACACUUCCCCAAAGUGAUCAGCAGGGCAUCGCCCACGUCUGGUCGCUCUUCUCAGCCGCCCCUGCAAAGCAGCGCAAACUGAUGCUGCAAGGUAUCCUGGCUCAGUGCUGCUUCCCCCAACUAUCCUUUAUCUCCGCCAGUGUCCGUGAACUUAUUCGCAUCGACUUCCUGACCGCGCUUCCCCCCGAACUCUCUUUCAAAAUUCUUCGCUACCUCGAUACUGCUUCCCUCUGCCGUGCUGCACAAGUAUCCCACCGAUGGAGAGCCCUCGCCGAUGAUGACGUCGUGUGGCAUCGGAUGUGCGAACAACACAUUCGUCGCAAGUGCAAUAAGUGUGGUUGGGGGUUGCCGCUGCUGGAUAGGAAACGACUGCGGGAAUCGAAGCGCGAGAUCGAGCUGCGCGCGACCAACUGGGGUAACCAGCCCUCAAACAAUAUUCCGGACGGAGCGCCUAACGGCACCUGCUCGGUGGUGGAACUUCCUACCAACGGAAAGCGCAAGAUCGACGUGGAUGAUCAAAGCUGUGCGAUGAUCAAACGCCACUGUAUCUCACCAGCCUACAAGCCCGAGCCGGACGAUGAUUACUUCAAGACUCGAUAUCGCCCAUGGAAGGACGUCUAUCGGGAUCGUUUCGUGGUCGGCAUGAAUUGGAAACACCGACGCUGUUCCGUCAAGGUUUUCCGUGGACACACCGACAGUGUGAUGUGCCUGCAGUUUGAGGACAAUAUCCUCAUGACUGGCUCUUACGACGCGACUAUCAAGAUCUGGGACAUGGAGACUGGCGAAGAGUUGCGCACCCUUCGGGGACAUACCGCUGGCGUGCGUUGUCUCCAGUUCGACGAUACCAAACUGAUCACGGGAAGUUUGGACCGUAGCAUUCGAGUGUGGAAUUGGCGUACGGGUGAAUGCAUCUCCACAUACAACGGUCACUCCGAGGCGGUGAUCGCCCUCCACUUCGAUUCUACCCUCCUUGCCUCUGCGUCCGUCGACCGAACAGUCAAGAUCUGGAACUUCAAGGACAAGUCGACAUCUAUCCUGCCCCAUCCCGAGGGUGUCAACGCCGUGAAGAUUGACACUUCUUCCCGUACCGUUCUGACUGCAUGUGACGACGGUGCGGCACGGUUGUGGGAUCUCGAUACCAAGACUUGUAUCCGUGUCUUCCACAAUCACAUCGGCGCAGUCCAACAAGUCAUUCCUCUGCCACGCGAGAUUGAACUGGAGAGUCAUCUCGCCGACUGUGAAAACGAUCACGUUAGCACAUCUUCCCAAAAUGGUGACGCUGUCAACAUUCUCUCCCCUCUCCUCGAACACAAGUCUCUCUCCGCGCCUCCCUCUUCGUUUGGUGCCUCCUUCGAUCAAGAUCAGGAUCGCUUGGAACCUCCUCGCUACAUCAUGACUAGUGGUGUCGACGCAACCAUCCGUCUCUGGGAGACCAACACCGGCCGAUGCCUCCGCACCUUCUUCGGUCACCUGGAAGGCAUUUGGGCAUUGUCAGCGGAUACUCUGCGUAUCGCCUCCGGCGGAAUGGAUCGCAUGGUUAAGAUCUGGGAUCCUCGUAUUCCAACCUGUCAAGACACCUACGAAGGCCAUUCCGCGGCCGUCAACUGCAUCGGACUUAGUGACAGUCGUUUCAUUACUGGCGGUGACGAUUACCAUGUCCGCAUGUACGACUUCCGGGCAUAA